UUCAUGGAUGCCGUUAUUUUCAUUGAAGGACGGGAAUGCACUUUUAUAAGUAUUUAUUUUGUAAAAUGUAUUGCCUUGGAGGAGUGUGGAAAGAAUUUUUAAUGGAUUUCGUUGUAAGCUGGUUAUAUCAAUGAUAUGGGCGUGAUAGAAAGUUUAUUUUGCUGUAAACCUAGAAGGUGUGAAAGUGAAGCGGCAUGAAGAAGCAGGGUGACGACUCUUUGCCAGUUCAGCCACCUCAUGGGCAGUGUAGUUGGUGGGGGGGAGGCACGCGUGAUAGGCUCGGGAAGCGACACGGUGCCGUGCUGGACCCGUCCGUCUUGUCUAAACUCCAGAGGGUUGGCGAAGGCCCCUGCACCAACCCACACACCAAUGGGACCAACGCCGACGAUUCCUUGGCCCUUGCCGUGGUCGAAGAGGGAGGAGAUGUUGGUUCUGGUAUCCGGAAACCUCCUGAGAGCUCCUUUGUGCCAUUUAACACCGAAAGCUCGUCAUCGGACGUGUGGGCAGGCGAACGUGUCCUUGAAUAUGGAAACGCAGAUCCGAUUCCUUCGUGUGAUAAGUUAAUGGAAGUAAGCUCGGAAAUUAAGGAAAAUGCAACUUCAUUGGUUCCUAAUGGCAGUGUAUCUCCUGCAGUUUGUCCACUCGCAACAGAAAUGUCUGUUGGUCAGAGGGAAGACAGAGAUGACUCGGAAAACGCUUUAACGUCGGCUGAUAUUGAUCCGCUCUGCUGUGAUCUUGAUAAAAAAGUACCAAAGUUUAUUACUAAUUACGAGGAAAAUUUUUCACUUGAUGAAAAUUAUGGAGAUUUGCAAUCCUUCGACGAGACUUGCGACGCCGGUGACGUGAAAUCAGUGAUGUUGGAGGGCGACUACAGCGGUGGUGCCCGAUGGGGCAAGCAGUCUGCGCGUGCGGACUCCAAGACGGAUGCUUGUGGUCGUGGAUUUCUGGAGGAUUGUACCGAAGCACUUGACGGAGGGGAAGAUAAAGGCGUUGAGAACGUAGAGUUUGAUGAAAGGAGAUUACUUUUGAAUGGCAAUGAAAGUUUGGGUCCCAGCGGGAGUGUGCGAUGCCCGUUCGGAACCGGAAUGGUGCCAGGCGAGCGUUGGUUGGCGGGGACGGAACCUUGUUCGGAGGCCGGAGUGGUCGAGCGUCUGGACGGAGCGACGUCCUUCAGGGACGAAGGAGUUGCAGCAGUCGCAGAACCUCAAGAGCCGGAGAGAUGGCGGCUUGAUUCCCCACAGGAACCUGGCAAACCAGGCUUGCCACAGGAGCGCGGAGACGUCAGUGACGCGGAUGACGACAGCGACAACUCGGAUGUCCCCGACGACGAGAUAGAAGCCAUGUUGGAGGAAGGGCUGCUGAGGAAGCCGGACAAGAGCGAGCACAUGGUGCAGUUCAACCAGCGGGAGAAGAUCGUUCUCGACGAGCUGGGGCACGACCACUUCGACGUGCUGCCGGAGGGCUGGGUCAAGGUCACCCACAACUCGGGCAUGCCGCUCUACCUGCACAAGGCCAGCAGGGUGUGCAACAUCACCAAGCCGUACUUCCUGGGGCCCGGCAGCACCAGGAAACACGAGAUCCCGCUGAGCGCCAUCCCGUGCCUGCAGUACCGGCGAGCCCUGGAGGAGGAGCGGGCAAGCAGCGAGAAGGCUGCCGUCAUGGUGGGGCCCGGGGGCAUACAGCUGCCCAACGCCUGCAUCGAGACGGCGGAGGAGAACAAGGCCAGGCACUCGCUCUCCGCCGAGCAGGUCCACCACUACUGCAGCAAGAAGUUCCCCACCAAGACGGUCACCGUGGCGCGAGUCAAGAAAGCAGGCGGCAAGAAGAAGCCGCGCGACCAGAAGCAGAUAUCCCGGCCGACGCUGCCGGAAGGCACCAAGCUGAUCAAGUUCCCUGUCGAGAACAAGUGGCCGGUGAUGAACAACACGCGCAAGAGGAAGGAGCGCAUCCUGAACCCGAACGGCAAGAGCUACGUGUGCAUCCUGCACGAGUAUGUGCAGCACGCCCUCAAGAAGCAGCCAUCCUACAUCUUCAAGGAGACGGACGACCCGGAGCUGCCGUACUCGGCGUCGGUGGUGAUCGACCAGGCGCAGUACGGCUCGGGCCGCGGCGGCAGCAAGAAGCAGGCCAAGUCGGAGGCGGCCAGGCGGACGCUGGAGAUCCUCAUCCCGGAGAUGCGCGACAAGAUCGAGGCGGACUGCCGCGCGGGUCACUGCAAGGCCAGCGCCUCCUGCAACACGGACCUGUCCAUAUUCGACGAGAUAAGGAUCGAGGAUCCGCGAGUGGCGGAGCUAACGUGUAGACGUUGUGUGUGUGCGUGGACGGGACAGAAGCUGCACCCGCACAUCAAGAGCUGGGGCUCCAUCCUGCGCAUGUACGGCAGCUCGUCCAUCAGGAGCCUGAAGGACAAGAAGCAGGAGGAGCAGGAGAUCACGUUCCUGCAGAGCAAGGCGGAGGAGAACGAGCCCAACUACGGCCAUCCUGCGCAAGCUGGAGGACACCAUGUCCAAGCUGGCCAGCGAGUUCAAGAGCAUGGGGAAGUUCAUCCCUCCGUCGGACGAGAAGCUCUCCUUCGAGCUCCGGUUGCCGACCUCAACACCGUCAACAUGUGAAGUCUUCCACCCCCGCCACGUUGCGGGGCUGACAGUCUCAACUCAGUAAAUUACAUGAUCUCAUUCCUGCUGGCGGAACAUGACGGCUCAGGCAUGGCGCGACUGGGUGUCGCUGGAGAACCACCAGUCGGCAGUGUCAGACUUGCCGUAGAUAAGCCGAGACUCAAUGAAACUCGAGCCAAGUCAUAGAGUAGCUUCAACCUUCGACUUGAUUAGGUAUUUAAAUACAAGCAGUGAAAACACUACAAAUCCUGGGAAGUAAGAAAGCUGAAAACAGUCUUAGGUUUGUUAGAUUAGGUUGGCUACAUUAAUUUAUGUAUUUAAAACAUAAUUAAUGCAUAAAUAUAAUGUAACAUGAAUUAAUGUAGCUGACCUUACCUAGAAUUCUAUUAAGUUACUAUUAUUAAUGUUUUCCAGAAGCCAAUCUUGUGCAGGUACAUUUAUGAAUAUAUUUAAUUAUUUAAUAUAUUCAUAAAUAAGGCAAAAAAUUGUUUUUAUCUUUGAUCCUAUAAACAAUUAUUGUAUUAAAUUAUCCAACUUAGUACCAGUGAUGAACUACUUUUAUUCAGUAUUUGCUAAAAUAUAAUCAGUAUAUAUUUUAUAUUUACACUCUUAGUAUUACAUAUAUUAUAAUCCAUUCAAAUACUCGUCACCUUGAUAAAACCUUCUGCAACUUUUGGAGCUUGCCUCAACUAAAAAAAUUAUCAAGCCUGGACUCAACUCAAAGGUAUAAAUACUGAACUAGCUCGGAUCUGCUCAAAACUUUGUAGACUCGUCCAUCUCUAAAUCCGUACUGUUUUCACCUUGAAGAAAAAUUAGUUUUAAUGGUAGACUACCUGCUGAGUAAGAGCACUCAGUUUAAUGAAAUGAUUUUCUUGUUACUGUAAUUUGUUUUAAGUUUGAACUGUCUACAUUUGUGUUAGUUGCAGGCCUGUGCAAAUAUUCAAAAUGUCAAACACCAAAAUGAACAAUUUAUUGGUUGAAUAAAGAAUCCUUGAUUAUAUUUAAUGUGUAGAGAAGCUUUUGCAUAAUACUGGUGAAGCUAUGGACAUUGAGAUUGUAUUGUAUGUAACCACUAGCGAAUUGCCCCGGAUUUGCACGGAUGCGAUCUGCUAAUGUGGCGUCAUUUAGUUUUUAAUAAGUACUUAAGAGUCACAAGUAUCAAGUUCUCUUCGUGUCCGGUGUGUUCAAAGAUUAUAUACAUACUAACACGCACUGCCCAUAACUAAGGAAAUUUCGAUGCAAUCAUAUCUUAACCUUAUUUUUUUUCCCCAUGAGACAACACAAAUGGAUUUUUGUUUAGAAUUCACACGUGGAAGGGCUGCGUAUUGCUGACCACACGAAAAGCACUCGACUAUCAAAUCUAUUCCUGCAGCAUUGACCGUCAGCACUGCCAUAUGGCCUCACGCGCAUGCACACACACACUUGCCCCCUCCCUGGCCGGUUUAUUUUUAUAUUCCCCUCUCUCCGCUUGCUCGCACCACAGCAGACGCUUCACUUGCCGGCUCCGUGACCAGUCGGGCGGCGGACGUACAGUUACUUAGCUGUUUCACGGAACUUCAUGCGGCUGCCCAGAUAUUUGGAUCAAAAAUUUCUACUUGCUCAUGGAAUUAUAUGAUAUGUAUUAAAAACCAACAUAAGUUAGUUAUUUACGCACAUUCUCAACCACACAGUACAAUAUUAUUUUUUAUCCCAAAAAUUUGCAUAUGAAUAGCUGUACAUUUUUUUACAAUAAAAAUAUGUGACCCAUAUGCAGGUAAAUACAGCACAAAUUUUUAAAUAUAAGAUAAAUGUUUUAUUCCGCAUAAACAUUCCGGAAGAAAUUGUCUAAAUGAAAAUGAAAACCAUCAAAAUCCAUUGUGAUGCUUAGAAGUACGUAGUAAGUAAUCAUACACAUGGAUGGUGACUUUAUUUUAUACUAUUUAGAGAUAUAUAAAUGUGUACAUAAAUAGUUUCACUAAUAUUAAUGGUGCUGAUUUAAGCCACACUUUAUUUGAACGUAAAACAGUGAACAGCAGAAUGGUUCAAGUUCAUAAGAUGGCGCAAUCUGCGAUCAGAAAUAUUUUCCAUAUGCUGAAUACAAACAAUAAGCAGUCGGCUAUCAUGCUGUCAAUAAAAAAAUUUCCCCAAAAAAUUUAAAAGCAAAUUUUUUUUAUAGUUUUGAUUUUGUAUUCAUAAAUAUGUAAGAAAUAUUUAUUGGUGUUGUAUAAAAGCAUGCACAUGUUUUUGUUUAAUAUUUUAAAAUUUAACACUAGUAUAAAAAAUUUUAAAAAUUCCCAUAAUCUUGCUAUUUCAAAUCUGAUGUUAGUAUUUGAGAAUAUUUUAUUUUUGUUUUGAAUUUGAUACUUGCACAGGGCUGUAAUAGCUUGCCAUUUAUACAAAGAGAAAGACUUUUUUUAUGAUUUUUUAAUUUAUAUUAAUUUUUCUUAUUUAUUUUUACUGUUCAACAGUCCCCAUUCAGGUGGAGGAAUCUAGUUCAACACCCUCCCCCCUCCCCCCUUUUUCUUUCUUUUCCAGUCUAGAAAUUGGAAUAUGGUAUGAUUGUGUGAAUAUUAAAGACAAUGCCCACUUUACAGGCUUUAAUACUAAGUGUAAAGUGCAGCCUCGGGAUGUCUGAUUCCCAAUUGUAUUUGAUAUGUAUUAACAAAUGAAGUGUGACAGAUCAUUUAGGUUGGUUAUGGUUUUUCGGUGGCCGACUGUGCAAUGGCUGGAAGCGAAAUGCAUAUAAGGUGGAAUCAAAGAGUUGAACACUUGGAUAUAUAUUAAAUAUUCUCUUGAACAUUUGACUACUGUUAAAACUUGAAAACUUGAAAACUGAUAAAAUACUGUCCUGCUAUGGCAGGUCUAUGGUUCUGUUGUUGGUAUUAUAUAUCUGGUUUUUUAUAUGCUUCCUGUCUUUUCCUUCUAUCCACUUUGGUGGGUGUCUCCGAUCACUCCACUACGAGCUAACACCAGUAACUAGCAGGAGGAGAAAAUGUGAAGAGGCCAAACAUGUUUGGCCGAUACAGUCAGUGGUAGGAAAGCCAUCCCUUGAUUGGCUGACAUAUGAGCCAAUAAGAAGAGGCCUCUCUCGUACGAUGACCCCCUGGCAGUGUAUGUAGAGCCUUACCACCUUAUAGCUCCCAGUAGAUUUAUCAAUCCUGAAGAUGCCUGCUGCAACACAGAGUGAAACGUCAGUACAACACCACUCCGACUCCUCAACCUUGAAAGUAAUGUUAGUUUAUAAUACAUAGACCGCGAAAACCUGCAAACUGCUUUAAGUUCAUUAGGUAUUUGUUUAAAUUACUGUUAGGAUUUUUUUUAAGUGGUAUUUUUUGAAGUAAAAUAAAUAUUCAAAUCUCCACCAAGUGCCCAUUCGUCUGUAGGUAGUUUUCUGGCAGGCUUAAUCCAAGCAGUACCCCUCUAAUAGAGUAAAAUGUUUGCCCGAGCUGGUAUUCACAUCCAAUGAAAGCCAUGCGGUCGGUACCCACGACAGAUGGUUCAAACUGGUCAAAGAUACACUUGAUCAAGGAUUAUGUUCAUGUAGAGAUGCACUGCAUCAAGAUGUUUGUGUGGUGGAGGUACAAGUUAGCCAAAGAGUGACUAAUGGUUUAUUGCAAUUUGUAAUCAUGGUUGUGCUAGCACAUUACAAAGACACUUGUCUUAUUGUAACUCAGGAAAUAAUAACUUUACAGAUGGGAUGAUAACUAGUUUUUUUUUUUCUCAGUACCUAACUCAAUACUCUACACCUAUCGAAAGAAGUAUGUAUUGAUGGUACACAAAAUUAAGUACCGUAUAUACUGUUUAUUAUGAAUAUGUAAAUAGUGUUCUUGAGUAACCAAACGGUAACAAUGUUUUUUUGAGGCAAGAAAAUAAAAUAACUAUUCCAAUGUUUUCUUAAAUCUAAAUCCUAUUGGUUUUUUCUUACCUCACAUAAAAUCCUAUUAGAAAAUUAUCUUUACUAUUAUGUAUUAAUAAAUUUUUGGAAAAAAGUAAAUCUGCAGUGCAGACUUAGCCAUGCUUGUGAGAAAGUUUCAUUCACAUGGAGCUGUGAAGCAUGUUGGGUGGAAGGCAAAGAGGACGAAGCAAGUCGGCUGUGGAGCUUCAUUUAUUUCGAGAGAACUCAAAACAGCUUAGAGUCUAGUCAAAUAUUUUAACACUUGGGUUAAGAACUAACUGCAUUUCCCAUUCAUCUUUUUGAUUUUUUUUUUUUUUUUAAGUACUAUUUCAUAUUUUGAGCUGAUACAAAACAAUUUGAUACCGGUAGAGUAUUGAUUGUAUGUAUUGAGAUAUUUCUGGUUUUGGGAUCUGAAUCUCUUUGUUGCUUGUGUGUGAUAGGCAUUAAGUGUUCAGUUUCUUGUUUAAUGCUGUGUGAGUGAUGCAACGCCAAUAGACAUGGCCGUCAAGGUUAGGGGCAGUGGAGGUUGAGUUUCAAGAUUAUUUUUUGAAUGCUCAGGUUUACUCUACUGUGAUGAAAAUUACAAAUAUUUUGUUAUGAUUCGUAGGAAAGCUUACAAGUUAUUCCAUACAGUUCGUGUUUACUGUUAAUGGCUAUGGUACGUAAUUUCAACAGUCUUUAAGGUUUUUUUUUUUUAACUGUCGGAUUUGAAGAGUUGUACACUGAAUGAUAGGGACAAAAGUAUUUUUCCCCCGGGUCCUUGGUUGUUCUUCUUGUGGCCCCUGUUUAUGGAGUAGCUUGUUCUGGCCUUGGCACAACACUGCACAGUUAAGACGGCUGGUAAACAAGAGACCCAAUCAUUUUAUGACAUAAUGUGGCCCUGAUAGUCAUAUACAACUCACACAGGCUGCUCCUAUGUGUGCAGCUAGUGGUAAAAUACAUCACAUAUUAGCGUUAGCAAUGUUUUCUUUACUGUGAGCUGUGCAUCUAACAGCUGACUGUAGUUUAUUUGGUGGUGCGUAACAACUCAGGUUUGUACUGUUUCAGGAUUGUGUCUGGGGAGAUGGGUCAGAUGUGGUAAAGGGUUUUUUAGAAGUUAAAUUAUUUUGUGUGUUAUUCAUCCUCCUCUGUCACUAUAGUUUCCAAACAAACUCUAAUUUUGCAUUUCAGGGAGGUGAACGUUACUGCAUAAGGAAUAUUAUGAAAAAGGUCAUUGUAUGAUUGUGUGUUGAGCAUUUUUCCAAUGUUAAAAUUUUUUGAAACUUAAUCUACAGAAAUAUUUCUUUGAAAAUUUCUUAUGCAGUAAUAUUCUUCACUUAGCCAUGCCGAAGUGGUUUUUGUUUUUUUGCGAUUUUUAUUGUGAGAUGCGAGCUCCUCUCUGGCUCACUUCCCACUUGAAACAUUGUGUUGGCUUCACCUGGGAGCACUCUUUCAGAACAUGAUCUGUUCAGUCUUUACUGCACGUUGUCGUUUCGGAGGAAAAAUUAUCUACCAUUUCAUUGAAAAUAAUUAAUUGCUUGCAGUGGUGGAUACAGAAAAUAUUUCUCAAUUUGGGGGGUGGUAAAAAUUCUAAAAAUAAAUUUUAAUGCAUGUGUUUAAAAACACAUACAUAUUGACGUAUGGGCCUACAGUAGUAGCGGUAGGUGAAUUUACUUCUCAAACAGUAACACUCUCGUCUUCCCUGAUAUUUUCCCAAUGUUUUUUCACAACUUUUGAGGGGGGUAUAUUUAUAUUAUUACCCUUUCUCCUCCCUGCUUCUGAGACUGCUUGCGUGGUGGUGUGUUUCAGCAAGGAGAGCAGGUUUUGUCUCAAAUUCGUGGUGCCAUGUUGGGUGUAUUUGUAUUAAGAAUGUCAUUGGUUGCAGCUCCUUUUCAUGUGAAACUGGGAGUACUGUGAGAUCAACAUGAUCUGUUGCGGAAACUAAAGUCCAGACACACAGGUGGAACAGUGACUACUGUAUGUAGUUUGUUGCGAAGUUAUCUGUGAAUAGAUCUCUAUCAUGUUUCAAUUAUACAUUUUUAAAGUAUGUAAUUUUAAAUAGUAUGUGUUCUGUACUGUAUUCUGUGGCAUAGAGUAAUUCAUAAAUUUUUAAAGCUACGUGCUGUUGAGUGACGAUUGUGGUACCUGUGGCCCCUCAGUUAAGUAAGGUAGGUAACUUUUCUUCCAGCUGUUACGUUACAGGAUGACCACAGACCUAAAAACGUGGAUAAGGUUACGGUUUUUAGAAUGGGUCAGGGUAACCAUAGAUACGUCUGGAAAUGUACUAAAUGUUCAGUGAAUUUUUUUUUUGUAUGAAUUUUUUGUAAUGAAAAGUGAGUAGUUAAUUUUCCCCAAAAUCUGUCUCUGGGAGUGUGUGUAGAUAACUGCUAAUUGUUUAUCAAAACUGUUGCCAGUUUAGGGUAUAUUUAGGCUCUGCAGCUAAGAGAUAGUAAUCCCUCGUGGAUUGAAGUACUCUUGACAGUUUAUUAAAUAAUGAGUUUUGCAAGGAUACUAUUGUCAGGUGCAAAAUAAUAAGGAAAUUUUCUUUUCUGGUACCGUUAGUUAAAAAAAAAUGGAAAGCCAGCAUUUCUGUAUCAUGUAAAUUUGGGGAGAUUUUAUAUUUUGCUGUGUUAUGUCAAACAAAAACUAUCCUAAAUAAUUAUGGAGUAAAACAUUUUUAUUACAUAUUUUCAAGCUUGAAAGAGUAGGGAUCAAUGUGUUGUUGUGUACAAUUUAGUGCUAAUGUCAUGUUCUCUAUUGUGAGUGAUUUGUAAAUGUGGCCAAACAUUAUAAAUACAAUGUGACUAUAAUGGAAAUAAUAUCAACUCAGGGAAAUUGUUAGUGAGAUUCAGAAAACAUUACAUUUUUACUAAGUUAAUUUUUAGGUGUUGAGUUUGUUGUACUCUUGAGUCAAAAAUGAGGGCAUUUACGAAUUCUAUCCGUGUUAAAAAAAAUUGUAACUAAAUUGUGAUUGUGUUAGAAGUGUAAAUGCUCUAUCUGGAAAUGUUGCUAUAGUUGUUUUUGUUAUGUUUAUAUUGAUAUGUAUGUAUUUGGAAUGUCUUUUGUGCCAUGAAAUUAAAAACUACUGUAAUGUG